AGCCGUCCGGGAGGCCGAAAAUGCCGGAAGCACAAGAUCACGGUAGAUGUGGACAUUAGUUUCACCGCCUGCAAGUCCCCAGCCAGCAGUCGUGACGGCAGCCGGAAUGUCAAUAGUUGCCUUGACGGACCCAUUUACACGGAGAACAGCGACAAUUUUGUUUCAAUUGUUCUACGACGUCCAGAUAGAGACUUGUUCUCUCGCGAGAAGUCGUUGGAGAAGUCGUUGGAGUCGUUGGAUGACUCUGAAGCAGACGACUUUCACACUGGACCACCUGCGGAUUCGCUGGUCGAUACUUCUCUUUCAAAGCACUCCUCCCUAGAAGAACAGGGAAAUACGACAGACUCCAGGAAUGCUAACAGAAUCCGCCUUCAGGUAAGGUAUACCCCGUCACCGGCGCAUGGCACAACAGAACCCUCACCGGUCGUCAAGGAAGUGACGAGGGAAACGACAAACAAUCAGCUGUUUGUAUCCAUUGCUGACAGCAACCCACCAGUAAAUAUCGCCUCUAAAAUGGCUGUCUGCUCUCCGGAGUUCAGGCUGGCAGAGGAACCGAUUUCCCUCAAGGCGCCAAGCAGAAUGUCUCCCGAGGAGAGUUCGUCUGCAAAAAGCGCUGCUGCCAAGGCAUAUAAUAUUGCCAGCCCACCGGACUGUAAUACCGCUAUUCUGCAGGAGGACACUUCCGCCACCAUGGAGAUUGUGGAGGAAACACUGCACAAGAGACUCGGGAGGGCUCAGAGGAUUGCUAAAAUUGUUAACGAGGUUGAGCUGACCGAGGGGGAACGCGCGGAACCCGCCAAAGGGAAGGGCGGUCUACGCAACCAGCAUGUGGCCAAGGUCAUCACGGACGUCAACGUGGUUGCUAAGAAGGCUCGUAUCGUGCGGCAGGAGGACCGAGAGAUGAAAGUUCACACCAUCCUUUAUGAUGUGAAUGAGACACUUCAAAUUGAACCUCUAGACGAGGAGCACCAGCAGCAGAAACCCAGGGAGAACACGGAGGAGGGCAACAAUGCCAACGAGAGCACCAUUCUGGAUUCAGAUAGUGAGCCUGAUAAUUCCUACUUUCGGACUUUCGAGAGUCAGCAGACCUGUCGUAGCAAACACUGUUUGACACUGUUAGGUAAUCCACUGCUUUUGGUUUAUGAACGGAAGGGAAACGACAAUAUUGGCCAGCUGGUCAGCGAGCGUAAUUCAGUCAAAGUUUCUGCAGCACAGGAUCAUCACAGUGGGCAGAGCACUCUCAAUGCGCUGAAAAUGAACUCUCGAAAAGAGCUGUCAAUUCAUACGCCUCACCAGCGGGAUAAUCAAAACUCCACUGUACGAAGCAGCAUCUGGGAGCCCAGUGUAGGCACGCUGGACAUGAAAAGGAAACUCGCUAAGCCCCCCAGUCUCCGAAAACCUUCCAUAACACAUUACGGCAAAGUCCUUGAAAGACACCAUCUCGAUCGUUACCGGUCGAGCAGUUUUGGACCAGGUGGCAGCGAAGUGGAUGAACAGUCGACACUAGCAGCCACAGGCCCGCUGUGGCCA